AUGGCUCUCGGUAGUAGAGACAAUGCGGGCGAUGCGUCUCCCUCAGAAACAUCGCCCCUACUCGCCAAUGCUUAUGGGAAGACGAGAGAUGGGGGAUUGACUAUAGUUCCCAAUGAGCCUAUUGAGGAACCCGUCGGCGACGAUGGCAGAAUUGGAGACGAGGAGGCCCCUGAGAUGGGGCAGGCGCCGAAUCCGUUGAUGGAGGGCUUGCCAGAGGUUGCUGCGAAAAUGUAUAUCCUGCUUCCUGCUGUUGGGAUCGGAGUUUUCCUCGCUGCGUUGGACCAGACCAUCAUCGUCUCCACGUACGCCAAGAUUGGCAGCGAGAUGAACGCUCUUAAUAGCACCAGCUGGAUAGCCACAGCGUACUUCCUCACCCUUACCACCUUCCAGCCUCUGUAUGGCAAGCUGAGUGACAUCUUCGGCCGCAAGAUGGCUCUCCUGAGCGCCUACACCAUUUUCGGCAUCGGAUGCCUCUUCUGCGGUUUGGCGCGGAAUAUGGGAGAGCUGAUUGCUGCGCGGGCUUUUGCUGGUAUUGGCGGAGGCGGCAUGUCGACGGUGGUGAGUGUCCUGCUGAGCGACAUCAUUCCGCUGAGGGAAAGAGGGAAGUGGCAGGGGUAUCUCAAUAUUAUCUACGCACUUGGGGCGUCUAGCGGUGCACCACUGGGCGGAUUGCUGGCGGAUUCGAUAGGAUGGCGAUGGGCCUUCCUUUUGCAAGUUCCAAUGUGCGUCCUAGCCUUCACCGCAGUCUCCUUGAGGCUCGACCUCCCCGCUGCACCCCGUGCACACUGGGUCACUCGUCUCGGCCGCAUCGACUUCCUGGGCGCAUCGCUCCUCAUUAUCGCCACAUGCUCGCUCCUAGUGGGCCUCGACCUUGGCUCGAACACUUCCUGGACUAGCACCCUGACAAUCUCGCUCCUGGCUACCUCUAUACCCAUCUACAUCCUAUUCAUGGUGGUCGAACACUACGUCUCGCACCCCUUUGCCCCAAGUGGGAUUAUAUUCAACAGGCUGCUUUCGCCACCACUCAUAUGCAACUUCUUCGCCUUCGCAGGCUACUUUGCAAUGAUCUUUUACGUCCCGCUAUUUUUCCAGGCCGUCUCUGGAUACACCUCCACGGAAGCAGGUCUCCUAUUGAUUCCCGGCAUCAUCGGCUCCGUCACCGGCUCCGUCGGCGGCGGCAUCAUCAUGCAGAAGACGGGCAAGUACUACUGGCUCACGAUUUCGGGGUACACUAUGAUGGUCACGGGGAUAACCACCAUCUUCCUGUGCUCCGGCGUACUUGUGACGAGUACUUUGGCGACACUGGUCGCAUUCGCCGUGACGGGUCUCGGAGGCGGUAUCUCCGUGACGACAACGCUCAUUGCCUUGGUUGCGUGUGCCGACCCGUCUGAUAUGGCAAUCGUCACAGCAUGCAGCUAUCUCUUCCGAUCUCUCGGGUCUGCAGUGGGCGUCUCGCUCAGUGCAGCGUUGGUGCAGCAGCGACUAAGAGAUCAGUUGGCAAAGAUGUUGGGGGAUGGGGAGGAGACUGAGAAGAUUGUACAGGGAGUGCGGGAGAGCUUGGAAUACCUCGAGAAACUGACGCCGGAGGUUAGGGAGGUGGUGCGCCAGUGCUAUCAGAAGGCGGUCUCGGCUUCCUUUGGGCUCGCCGCUGUUGUCUUGUUGGCGUCGGUGCUAAGCUCCUUUUUCCUCGUGGAGAGGAAGCUAAGCCGGUGA